AUGGAUAUAACACCUCUGUUUAAGGCCUGUAUUAAAACAGUGAAGACCCGAAACAAGACUUUUGGUAUACUGAGUCCUAUUCCUGAAGAAAAGAAAACGAUUUUGCGUACAAAAUCAAAAAAUGGUUUUAUGCUAACAGCUAAAGACAUAACGUCUCAGAUCACGAAAUUGAGAGAUUUUUUGUUAGAGCACCGAGAAAGGUACUUAAACGUUUUGAAUUUGAUAUGCGGAGAUGAAAUGUCUGAGUAUGAGCGCGAUCAAAUCGACACAGGCGCUCAAAGAAUCAUAAAUACUUGCUCCCAUCUUUUGAAAGAAUUUCGAAAUGAUAAUCGCAGGUUAUCUGUUUCACAACAGACGCGGGAGUACAUGGAUGCUGUAAUAGACCUCAUUGAUUCGUAUUUGAAAGCAGUUUGUAAGAUACACAGUGAAUUAAAAGCAUUCAGGGUUAAAAGAGCCCUUGAUAUGCGGAAACUUUCUCGCUUGGAGCUGCCUCAGAAGAAAUCUUCCAUUCCAAACCCUUUUAUUGAAGAUGUGAUUGAACCUAUUGAGAAGGACAAUGUUGAAAAUGACAUAGUUACCGAAGAAACUGAUGCUCCACGGACUAAAAUGGAGCUAUCAGAAAAUGAAGUAGCUGUGAUGUCUGAUGAGGGAGAACUAAGUGUGGAAGAGUUACAAAUGUUUGAAUCGGAAAAUGUGCAACUGCUUAAUGAACUGAAUAGUAUGACGGAGGAAGUUAGACAGAUUGAAAGCAAAGUACUUCAUAUAGCUGAGUUACAAGAGAUAUUCACUGAAAAGGUAUUGCAACAAGAGCAAGAUAUUGAUAGAAUAGCCAACACAGUAGUUGGUACAACAGAAACUAUGAAGGAUGCAAAUGAUCAAAUCAAGCAGGCUAUUCAAAGGAAUGCAGGUCUACGAGUCUACAUGCUAUUUUUCUUUCUUGUUAUGUCAUUUACUUUACUUUUCCUUGAUUGGUAUAAUGAUUAAAAUCCAUGAUACUUAGAAGCGGUUGAAUGAAGUUAUAAUAAAUUAAUCUUAUUUGAAAUAAAUAAUGUAUCCUGUAGAUGUUUCAGGUGUUGUAAAAUAUGGUAACAAAUUCUAUUGUAUGUAUGUACUUGGGUUAUGUUAACUUUUCUGUUAUUUGGCCAAACAGUUUUACUUUACAAAUUUUUAUGGUUUAAUAAAAAGUUU